AUGAGAGGUGGUUUAAGUCUCCUUAAACUUUUUAAGAAGAGAUUACUGGGGUCGCUGCAAUUAUGGGCUAGAAUGAGUUGCCUUGUUGUACAUGUUGAGUAUGAUGAAGAGACUCACCUUCAGCAAAAUAAUCCACCAGAAGAUGUCAAGGAGGGGCAUUUUGUGGUGCAUGCUGUUGAUGAUGGCGAACUAAGGCGAUUCAUUAUGGCCCUGAGCUAUCUGAGUCACCCAGACUUCUUAAGCUUACUACAGCAAGCAGAAGCAGAAUUUGGUUUUAAGCAAGAAGGGGUUCUUGUUGUGCCUUGUAGACACAGUGACCUUGAGAAAAUCCUUCGCUGGAGGGGAUAA